CAAUCAAAUCCGACGUUCUUUAAAACACCAGAUGGCAGUCUCUCGAUCCCUGGAUCCAUCCCACCUCCCAUCUCAUCAUCGCCUGGGACUAGCGGGCAAGAAUAAGCGCGUAUAAUGCAUACCUGCCCGUGGCGCUUGUUACAGCAGCACCUUCGCUGGUUGGCGGCAUCGAACCAAUAGAUCCUGUGGCGCGCACACAGCGGCAACUAUUUGCAGGUGCACGACCAGCCCGGAUUUUCGAGGAAGGUUCGGGUUUGCUCGGCACUUUAUGACAAGAAGAGACAAAAGCGAAGGAGCUGGAUCCAACCACAAUGGCCAACGGGACCGGUCGUUAUGGGUCAUUGACCGGGGAGCGCGCGGAUGCGGAUGACGGGAGCCUGAGCCUCUCAGGGACCACGACGGCGGGCGAGGUCACACCGCUGCUGCAGUCAGACGCCGGGAGCACGGCGACUAUUCUUCGGGACGAGACGAUCCGCGACCCUGAGGCCGUCUCCGAUGACGAUUCCGAGGAUGGCGUGCCCGCAAUUGGGAGAGGGAGGGCGUUUGCGCUCAUCAUGAGCAUGUGGGCGCUGAUCUUCCUGCAAGCAAGCAACAUGAGCGGCAUGACCAUGACGCAGUCUGCCGUAGCGGCCGAUCUGGACGCGUACGAGGGCGCCAUGUGGUUCACGAGCUCGUACCUGAUCGCGACGUCGUCGCUGGCGCCGAUCGUGGGGAAGCUGGCGACCAUCUUCAGCCCGGCGUCCCUGGUGGCCGCCUCGGCCCUCUUCUUCGCCGUCGGCGCCGUCGCCACGUCCCAGGCCACCACCUUUGGCACCUUCAUCGCGGCCAGGUGCCUGGUCGGCGCGGGCGGCGCGGGCAUCAUGACCCUGGCCCUCGUGCUGAUCAUCCAGUACGUGAGCAAGAAGCGGAGCGGGCUGUUCAUCGGCCUGGUCAAUGCCGGCUUCACCGUAGGGUUGUCGACCGGGGCUAUUGUUUACGGCGCGCUGCUCGAAGCGGUCGGAUGGCGAGCCUUGUUCUACCUCCAGACCCCUCUCGCCCUUCUUGGUGGGAUAGGUGUGUGGUUUAGUCUGCCCAGGGUAGAAAAGGGCAAGAACGCGAUUGUAGAUGAGAGGACGACCUGGCAAAAGCUGGCGGGCAUCGACUAUGCCGGCGCUGCCACACUGACUGUGGCGAUAGUCCUUUUCCUUUAUGGACUUUCGGGCGCCAUCCAGCCCCUCUACAUCGCCAUUUCGGUCGCUGUGCUGGCUGUCUUUCUGGCCAUCGAGUACCGCUUCGCAGCAGACCCCAUAAUCCCCAUCUCUGUGCUCCGGAGCCGGGGCGUGCUGCUCUCGUGUGUCGCGCAGCUGGGGUUCCUGGCCUCGCGCUGGACCGUUUUGUUCUACGCCCCAAUCUUCGUCCUCGCGGUCCGCGGUCUCCCGCCCGCCGUGGCCGGCGCCGUCCUGAUCCCGACCAACCUCGGCUUCGGCUCGGGCGGCCUGCUGGUCGGCUGGCUGCACGUGCGGCGCGGCGGCUCCUUCUGGCUGCCGUGCCUGGUGUCGCUCGCCCUGUUCGGCGUCACGCUGCUGGCCACGGGCCUCGUCAGCAACUCGGGGUCGCAGCCGUGGCUGUACGUGCUCGUCGUCUUCGCAAACGGCCUCUGCACGGGCGCGGCGCUCAACUACACGCUCGCGCACCUGCUGCACCACGCGCACCCGCGCACGCGCUUCGUGGCCGCCAGCCUGUUCAACACGUUCCGCGGCUUCGCGGGGAGCUUCGGGACCACCAUCGGCGGCGGCACCUUUGGCCGGGCCCUGCGCGCCCGCCUGGCCGAGGGCUUCUCGCGGCUGGACCGUGGCCUGGGGUCCGGGCGCGAGAAGCUGAUCGAGAAGCUGAUCGGCAGCCCCGCGCUGGUGUUUGAGGGUGGGCUCAGCGACGCCGAGAGGGCGGUGGCGGUGCAGGGCUACGAGGCGGCGCUCAAGACGCUCUACACGCUCGCCGCCGCGCUCACCAUCUUCGUGAUCGUCGUGCAGGCAGGCACGGGAUGGGAGGCUCCUGUCAAGGCGAAGGAGGACGACGAAGUCCCAAGCCAGGCAUGAGUCGGCAUUAAGUGCGGUUGUAAAGCAUGGAUACUGUGCCGUUUGGAGCUCCAAACAUAUAUCAAGGCUGGCAAAGGUUUAUAGAUUGGUUUUUAGAAUAGGAUGCUUCUUAAACUAUACGAUACAAAUCGAACCCGUAAUCACCA